AUGUUCAACUACUCACUCGUCUUCCAAAGGGUAGAUGUAGUUUUAGACUUUGAACAGUUGAAUUUGAAAGGUUCGACACACAUAAAUGCUAGAUUAGAUGGAGAAAUAGCUAGCAAUGAGACAGAAGAUGAGAAAACAUUUAUGUUACAAAUAUUUUUACCUAUAAUCGGUAACGCUUUGUACAAGCGUGUAGUAAUAAAUGACGUAGAUAUCAACUACAAGCUGGUUAAGUCUGUAAAUCCCGCAAACAAAAACGAUAUUAUCGAUGAAUCGUGCAAAAAUGUGGAUUUGCUUACAUUUGAGGGACUACAUUUGUCAGCCCAGCCGCUAUGCGACUCCGUAAUGUACGUUGAGGUCGAUCCGAAAGCAUCGGAUCUAAGGAUCGACAUAUACUUUGAGUAUUACCAAAUGGAUGGAAUUUCUAGCGAAAUCCACUUUGAUAAACAUUGGCUAUUACCUAGAGGCUCAACUAAUUACAAGGAAUAUACCAUAUUUUCUUCAGGCAGUCUUAGUACUUGCUGGUUUCCUACUCUAUUUCAAUCGGGAAACAAAGCUUCUAAAGAUACUAAAUAUGAGCUCAACGUAACGGUUCCAGUAGAUUAUAGCGUGAUCAGCGGAUUCUCUUUGAGGCAGGAUCUUUUGGACGGUGAAAUGAAUGAACACAUGACCACCAAAACAUAUAGUUUUGUUUCAGAUGAUGCUACACUAAAGUUUUUAAAUAACAAGCCAAGGUUUGGCUUGUUUGUCGGAGAGUUUGACUUUUGGAACGGUUUGGAAUCACGGCAUUAUGAUCAGGAAUUGAAGGAUGAGGAUGAUAUUCAUAGUGAAGUGGAAGAUGAAAUUGCACAUUUGACUACUGGUGCCACCUUUGAUAUGCCUAAAAAUUCUACUUUGAUAUACGUCACCUUAAAAGGUUUUGGGUAUCUCCUAGAAUCCACGAACAUAGCCACCAUGAUGUGUCUCGACGUUUAUAAGCGAACACUGGAUAUUGACUUACCACCAAUAUAUCUUAUUUACCUCCCAUAUACAGGAUUUAAGGAGUCAGUAAACAUUUCUGCAUCAUUAAGAACCCAGAAUUACGUUGAUACCAAGAGAUGCAGUUCAUACACUGGUUCCGAAAAUCAUCUUCAUUCCUGUUUUUUGGACUCACUUACCCAGGUUUAUAACGAUAUGUACUAUAAAAGUGGAACCAAUAUGAUAGUUUAUUCGCUAGAUUGCCUACAUAGUUUUUCAGAUAUCAGCCAUGAUCCAAAAUGUAUGGAGAAAAGAAUCGCAAUUGCGUUGGGACUCUCCAGUUUGUAUUUUAAAGAGGUAAAACAUGCAUCGAGAGAUUUGCAUUUAAAUAUCAUUCUCCAGUCUUAUCUUCUGGACAAUUAUAUAAAGCGUAAUUUUGGAGUUGUAGAAUCCAAGAUUAGAUUGUGGGCAAAGAGAGAGGCAUUUGCAACGCAUGUAGAGCUCUAUGGAGAUCCAUAUCCAUUAUGUACGGGGAAGAGCUAUACCACAUCUCACAUACUCAUGAGUAGUUUUGUUUUUAUUUUAAAGGCACAAUUGUUUACAAGUGUCCUUGACAACUUGUUUUCAUCCUCUCUUUUUCUUCAGGACAAUUUUAUCGUAUAUAUACUGAAGAAGUGGAUUUUUGGAGAUGAUAAAUUUAGAUUUAAAAGGAAUUUGGAUGAUACACAAAAGGAAGUGGGUAAUUCUAAUGUUUUAAGAGGGGACAAAUUUUGGGACUUUGUUAGAGAUGAAAUAGUACUUCGUUAUGUAACAUAUUGGAAUGCAAAGCCUCAAAAUCGUUUAUCAGUAGAUAAUCAGUUAUCCGCGGAGAUGUCUCUAGUUGAUAUUAUAAGGCGCGGUGUUGAACACGAUCCAUUAUCAUCCAUAAUCACAAACUAUAACAACUUGGUGAAAUCAUUUGUAUUCGGAACUGGUUGUCCGCAGGUGAACAUGGGAUUUAUUUUACAGCUCCAAAGGAAGGGUACUUCUAUGGAUCAUUUGGCCUUUAGAGUAGAUAUCAAAUCUCUACAGCCACCACAAGAUGUUGAUACGGAUGGUAAGACAGUAUAUUCUUUAUGUAAGAUGGCUGGAAUUUCUGGAGCCAACAUUCUUUCUGCUUAUUUGAGACUUGCAAGAAUUAUGCAAAUAAAUGACCAACCUAACCUUGAUAGAUAUGUUUAUGAGAGGGUUUUGGAGAUAUUUAACAUUAACUAUGAUAAAUGUAUAAAUAUACCUCACCUGCUAGAUUUUGGGGAUUUUACAGAUUCUUUGGGUUUUAUUUCCUUUUCUGAGGUUGGACAACUACGCAAGAACUUAGCACUGUAUCAGAUAUGGCACGACACCGUUGAUUUAGUGGGUAGAGAUGGUAACUUUACCAUGGGAUUUGGGUAUAUUGGCAUGCAUCCACUCCAUUUUUGUCUCGGAAGCGGUCCACUUUGGGAUUGCGUGGAAGCUUUGAGGCAAACAUGUGAUAUAAACAAGAUAGUGGAAACUCUUGUUGAUAAUGGUAGCUCAUACUGUGGCAGGCAUAUACACAAUGAUACUGUAAAGAGGCAAUUUAAUAGAGGUAGACUUCCAAUUGCCUCAAUUGGUGGAUUUGCCUUAUGGAGACAAAUAUAUCAGCAGAGGGCUCUGUUGUACAAUCCAGAAGACAACUUUUUUAUGUCGGAUACUACAGACUCUGAUACGCCGGUACCAUUAUCUGCUGGAUUUGCAAAAAAAUGGAUAUUCCCUUUUGUUUCGGAGAUCGUUGAAGAUGAUGGUGUCCGUGAAAAUAUACGUCUUGUAGGAGAUUUGAUUCCUGUGAGUUACCCAGUAAAUCCAAGGGCUAAAAGAGGGCGCAAGAAGGUUGCCCUUAAGGGUGUAGCAGAAGAUAUAGAAGCUGAAGAGGUUCUUGGGAAAAACCUGUAUAUUGGACAAUACAGUGAUAGCGAUCGCUUAAUGAUCGACUGGAUGAAAAUGCUGUAUAUGGGUAUGCAUCCUGAAAUGACCCAACUGGAUAAUCGCUCAGUUGUCGCCAAGGUUUGCAGUAAAACACGAUUACCAUUAUUGUGGAUUCGUAUAGAUCCUAAUUUUAGCACGAUUUCAAGAAUGAGAAGAUGUCAGAGUAGCGGUAUGUGGGAGCAACAGCUCCUCUCUGAUAACAAUAUAUUUGCGCAAAUGGAAGCGGCAUGUGCACUUGGGUCAUUUGGAAGGAGUGAACAUUUCCUAUCAUCUGAAAGUCCAUUGAUUGAUAGUGCAGCAAAGAAAUUGGAUCUCGCCAUUAAAAGGCACAAAUCGCAUCCCUCCAUUAGAUCUAGAUGUCUUUAUUCUUUGGUUUGUCUUCAUAACCGUGAUUUCAGGCAACAUCGUAACAUUCAAUCUAUUUUUACAAAGUAUCUUUCAUCAUUUUCGAUUAACUCUAACACUGUUAACCAAUGGCACCCUAGUGAGGCAAGAUUUAUGAUUGAUUUUUUCAAAUCUCUAGCCCUUUUGAGGGAUAAAAAGGGAUACUCACUACAACUUUCUAUUGAUAUAUUUUCAACUGUCCUGGAAAAUAUGAACGGAAAGAACUUUUUGGUACAUGCUACAAACAUAGUUGAGGCUUGCUCCUUCUUGAAGAUACCACCAUGUACAACUACACAUACGCCAUCUACACAACCUCCUAACAGGAUAUUAGAGCAUUUGGACGCAUCUGCGGAUGUAAAUAAUUACACGGAUUGUUUAAGAAUAGAGAAUUUGUGGAACAUCUUGUGGCAUCUUUUUAGACUCGAUGGUAUUCCAGGAAGUUGCUCACCAAAUCGCAUGUUAACUUCAGCAUUUUUAAUCUGUAUUAGUAGACAACCAGUAUUUCUAUCUCUUUGUAAUUCUAAGUUUGAAACUGAGAAGGACCUUGGAUUUGUUUUUGAUUUCAUAUAUUUCAUCCCUCUCUUGCAGCAUGUCAGUUUGAAGAACCAGGCUGCCUUUGAGUUAGGACAGACGUACAGUGAUAAGAAUGUAUACCACGCAGCAAUCAGAGCAACCAUUCAGGUCUUGAUCCAAUCUUUGUAUGUGCUCCAGCAUCCUACUGUAGUAAUUGAGCAACCUAAGGAUAAAAACCCAGAUACAGAUGAAGAAAAUCCUUCCAAUGAUGACGCAGAUUUAAUAUCAAGACGCACGAUAUCUGCCAUGGAUGAAAGGAUUAAAAAUGGAGAUUUCCACAUUGCUCUGAAGGCUGUAAGCCAUAUUCAAAGGAUAAAUAUGCUACAAAAGGCAUUGGGUAUACUUGAAGCGGUAAAAUGCACAUAUAUACUCCACAGACUGCUAAACAAUUGGGAACUGAAAUUAUAUGUAUGGGACGCAUUAUCCGAAGUUAUAAUCGAAAAUUCGCAUUCAUGUCCCAUAAUAUUUUCAUCCCUUGAUUCCACUAUUAUUAAAGAGAUCAGAAACUACCUUUUGGUUGUUUUGAAGUCAUCAUGCAUAUCUUCUAGACCAUUUGAUUUGAAACUAUUUGUGAAGGUUCACAAGGUACAAUCUGUUUUACUCGGAUUCGGAACUCUCUUUGAGGACGAUCCUAAGCCAGAUCAAAAAUUGGUAAGCGAUCGAUUAGAACGACUCCAAAGUGGCCUCAGUAUGCCUAAGAUUGCAGCGUUCAAGAGAGUUCAUAGUGACGCGGAGACGGGCUCAAAUGCGGACUGGCAGAGUAUAGUACUAGAAGCUGUUCGGGCACUCAAGGAACUUCCACAGGCGCAUUGGUUUUUGAGAGACCCAGAGAAGUCGUUCAAGGGCUAUAGAAACAUUGUAAAACAUCCCACAUGGUUGAAUAAGAUUGAAAGCAAGGCUGUGAACAAGAAUUACGCCAUACCUAUGCAAUUCAAGGCGGAUAUGACUCUCUUGUUUAAGAACGCUAAGACAUUUAACAAGGCGGACAGUGUUCCAUAUAGAGACGUUAUGAUUCUUGAGGAACAGUUCGACACACUUUGGCCAUGUAUAGUUAGAGCAUUUCAAAGGAACGCCAAGAACCCCUAG